GCCAUUUUUUUAAAACACAAACAACAAGAGGAGUGAAGAGACGAAUUCACGGCGAGUUCAGCGACUCAGAAAACAAACAAACAAACAAAACAAUCAAUCAGUUCGGUAUAGCGCGGACACGGAACAGGUGCAGAGGACACGCACGGACAGGUCGUAUUUGUUUGUUACCGCGAGGCGUCCGCGUGCAGACGGAGGAACACCGUAGAGCGGAGAGUCGAGCUGGAGAGAAAAUUAGCUGGCUAGCUAGCCUGCUAAUGCUAGCUAGCUAGCAGGCAGAGGAUCUUUCUUUGCAGAUUUUUGCUUAUAUAAGUAAAGAAAUAAAGUAAAGGUGACAGGAAUGCUGAAGGUGUGUCUGUGAAGGGUCAGCCGAAAAACGAGCAAGAGAACAAGAACUGGGGGAGAGCUUUGAGAGAAACUCCCAGCAAUAGUACAGCGGAACUGCUCUGAAACACUUGCUCUUAUCAAUGCUGCCGCAGUUUACUUGCAAAGUAUAGUUACAUUUCUGAAAUACUAUUUCGUUUAUAUUUUUAAAAGUAAGAGCAGUUUGGGUGGCGUUCCCCUUUCUGAAGGUGAUUGCAUUAGUCUCGAUAUUCCUCCACCCCUCUCUGCUGUUCCCCCCUGAAUUUGGCAGCUAUUAAUCCACUCAUAUAGAGCUCUAACCAAGCCCACCUCAGCACACUGAUACAGCACCACUGCGUCAGCUUCCCCAGUCAUCCUGUUCCUGUUCAGUCCUAGCGUUUGGACAAGAAACCUUUUGAGCCUGUUGGACGUGGAGAAUAUGACUGCUGAGACGCUCAACUUCGGUCCAGAAUGGCUCCGUGCACUAUCCAGAGGAGGGAGCAUCACGUCCCCUCCUCCUUCCCCAGCAAUGCCAAAGUCCAAGCUGGCCGACUACCGCUAUGGCCGCGAGGAGAUGUUAGCACUUUAUAUUAAAGAUAAUAAGGUCCCAGAGGACAUGCAGGAUAAGGAGUUUGCUGCUAUCCUGCAGGACGAGCCUCAGCAGCCCCUGGCCUUAGUGCCGCUGACGGAGGAGGAGCAGAGGAACUUCUCCAUGUCUGUGAACAGUGUGGCUGUGCUGAGGCUCAUGGGUAAAGGAAGCGGGGCAGCUCCGGCCGGCGUGUCCCGAGGCCGUGGAAGCACCCGAGGAGGGCGAGGGAGAGGACGAGGCGAGGGAGGGUUCUACCAAAGAGGCGUGGACGAGGAGCUGGGCUUUGGCCGCAGCCGAGAAAUGCACCGCAGCCAAAGCUGGGACGACAGGGGCGAGCGGCGCUUCGAGAAGCCCCUGCGGCGGGACGGGGUGCGUGGCGGGUUCGAGGACGGAGGCAUAGGCAGGAAGGACUACACUCGCUCCGACAGCGAUAACUGGCGCACCCUCCGUGAGGAGCAAGAGGAAGAUGGGGGAGAGCCGGGGGGCAGCUGGAGGGUGGCAGGCGCCCGCCGCGACGACGGGGGUCCCCGAUCUGCCGGCUGGCGAGACCACGGAAGCGGAGAAGGCCGGAGAAGGAAGUUUGACUUUGACUUCCGGGAUGGAGAUGUCAGCCGGCGGAGGUCUGGAAGCGAUGGAGGAGAGGAGGACCGAGACGGGCUGCCCGAGUGGUGCACUGAUGAGGAGGAGGGAGAGAUGGGCACCUUCGACUCCACGGGGGCUUUCAUGUGUGUCAAGAAGUCAUCAAGAGACGCGAUCCCUGAAGACCAGGAGCUGGAGUUCGAGGCUCUAGAGGAGGAGGAGGAGGCUGGCCAGGAGAAGAAGGACAGCUCUGUUGAGAAAGAAGAUGCUGAAUCUGCAGUACUUUCGGAAGGAGGAGACGUGAAGGCUGCUUCUCCUCCUGCUGCCUCUGCUUCUGCCCUCUUGCAGCCCUCAGAACAGGAGACACCCAUACCCCCCAUUACACUCCCCUCAAAGCCCAGCUUCCAGAUUGGUGAAGAUGCAGCUCCAGUAGGGGGCAGCAGUCAGCCCAGUCAGAAUUCCUCAGCUGCUGUGGUCUCCCCUCCCCCCACCGCUGUUACUGAACUCCCACCACCAGGGGGAGACACAGAGGAGGAGGACGGCAUGAAGCACCUUCAGCAGGAGGCUGAGAAGAUGGUUGCAUCUCUUCAGGACACUUCUCUGGAGGAGGAGUGUUUCACACAAGCACUUCAAGAGAGCCACAGCGCUGCCGCUCACACACACUCCCACCCUUCCUCGCACACACACUCCCACCCAGCCACACACCCUCUUUCUCACUCUGCCAGUGCCUUGGCACUGAAUCACGAGUCAGCCAUGAAGUGGUUUUACAAAGACCCUCAAGGAGAGAUCCAAGGCCCUUUCAGUCCAGUGGAGAUGUGCGACUGGUUCCAGGCAGGCUACUUCCCCAUGACCCUGCUGGUGAAGAGAGGCUGUGACGAGGGAUUUCAGCCUUUGGGAGAUGUUAUUAAGAUGUGGGGACGCGUGCCUUUCUCUCCAGGACCUUCACCCCCUCCCCUUCUGGGCAACAUGGACCAGGAGUUCCUGAAGAAGCAGCUGGAGCAGGCGGCCACUGCUGCCCUCUACCAGCAGCUCCAUGUGAGGUUCCAGCACUUGAACAGGUCCGUGUCUGUGCCGGAAGCCGGGUCCAUGUGGGACUUGCAUACCUCACCCUCACAGCCACCAGGCAGUGAGGCUGGUCUGUGGGACUUAACCAUGAGUAACUCAUCUCAGGGUCCAACUCUCGAGCAGCUGCAGAAACUCCAGCAGGAGAGGCGUGAAGCUGAACUCAGGGUGAAGAGAGAGGAAGAGGAACGGAAGCGCCGAGAGGAGAAGAGAAGGCAGCAGGAGGAGCAGAAGAGGAGAGAAGAGGAGGAGCUGUACAGAAGGAAACAGCAGCAGUGUCGUCAGCAGGAGCUCCUUAUGAAGCUGCUCCAGCAGAGCCAACAGCAGCAGGCGGCGCAAGGGGGCUCCGGCUGGAGCGCGGCCCAGGCAGGGCCUCUGUCUCUGGGCAAAGCUCAGGGGAAGAACCUGGGUCUGCUGGAGCUGGAGGCUGAGAGGCUGCACAAACAGCAGCAGCAGAGAGUUCAGCAACAGCAGAGGCUGGCGAUGGGUCAGUGGGGUGACAGCACUGUGGGGAUGUGGACAGGGCCAGGUUUGGAGGGAAAAGUUGGCAGUGCCAGCGCCGGAGGCAUGGGCAUGUGGGACGAGGCGCUGAAGAACCAGGCCAACCACCGCAACAUGGGCAUGAAGAACAGCCACAGCAGCCCCUCACUCAGUGAUCAGUACAUGCUGAACCGUCGGAAGCGGACUGAGGAAGAGGAGCGGCUGCUGAAGCUGUUGCAGGGGAUGAAGCCUCAGGACGGCUUCACCACGUGGUGUGAACAAAUGCUGCACGCUCUCAACACCUCCGCCAACAGCUCCUCCUCUGGGGAUGUGGCCACCAUUGUGGCGUACCUGAAGGAGGUGGAGUCGCCUUAUGAGGUGCACGACUUCAUCCGCUCAUAUCUGGGCGACACCAUUGAAGCCAAAGAGUUCGCCAAGCAGUUCCUGGAGCGCCGUGCCAAGCAGAAAGCCAACCACCAGAGACAGCAGCAGCAGCUGUCGAAAGAGGUUGCCGGGCUGAAUAUGAACUUCCCAUUGCAGUCCAUGUUCCAGGCAGCCCAUGUGAAUAAAAGUAGCAGCAUGUAUGACAGUCAGGCAGCAAAGAUGAAGAAGAAACCCAGCAUGAUGCUGCAUUCUGAUCCCAGCAUCCUUGGCUAUUCGUUCCUGGGCUCCGGCGAGCGGAUGAUGCUGGGCGAGAUGGAGGCGGUGGAGGAUUACUGAUCCAGCAGAAGAAAACAAAAAACCUACUUGAGUCUACCUGAGGCCUUAACCUGGAGCAAAUUAGCAGAUGAAUGUGCACUGCUCAGCGAGAGAGAGAGGACGAGCCACACACGUCUAACACUCUCCCUCUCUCUCUCUUUUCCUCUCUGUCUCUCUGUCUUAUGUUCUCUUCCUCCGCCACCCAGCGGAGGAGUGAAUAACAGGAGGAACGGAGGGGACGGUGUGUUUCACACCUCUUUCAGAAAGCACCUUAACUAAGCUAUUGCACUUUAUUACCAGAGUUUCAAUAUUUGAAAUUUUGUGUGAAUCUUUUUUCUUUUUUUUAUAAUGCAAAAACGUGUGAAUAUAUUGUUGCAUAUAUUAUGUGUAGAGUAUUUGUAUACAAACGUGAGCGAAUACGCAUCGGGAAGGUUCGGAACGCCUCUAUGUGGAGCACAGCUGGAAGGCUGGUGGUGGUGGGA